CUUUGAAUUAUUUGUAAAACUCGCCAUGGCGCUCCCUUCAAAACGAAAAACGUGACAAAUCACAGAUGGUGUGAUCGGUACCAGAUAUAUCAAACUAGUUGUUGUUUUCUACAAGAAGUGCUAUGGAUUCUAUUGACAUCUGGUAUUUGAAAGAGGUGUAUGUAUGGAGGACAGCAGCCAGCAUGACGUGGUAUCUCCUGUCUCUACCAGCUCUCACUGUUGUGUAUGCUCUUGUUGCACAGCUGAAUCCACUACACCCACUCCUUUGGAUAACAGACACAGUCCCUGCCAUGCUGUCUGUUUACUUCAUGUCCACCGUGGGAGUCAUCAUGGCCGCUGAUGGGGGCCUCGCUUGGUUGUCAGCGUCAGCAUACUCAGUUGUUCCGAGUGUUACCGACAUCCGACUGAGGAAGGUGGCCUGGCUGCUGAGACCGGGCCGUCUGCUGCACAUCUCGGUGUACAUGGCUGCCGGCUUCGUCAUCUCAUGCUGCGCCUCCCUGUAUGCGGGAGACAGAUUCUCGCGAUUCGUCAAGUAUGCAGAAUAUGAACGUGAUGUUGUCUACCUGAACGAGUGCCACGUUGUGUUUGUGAUGUAUGGGAUGUACACAGGCCUGUUCUUCUGCAGCCAGUUCUACCUGUGUCAACUCAACUACCUUCAGUUUCCAGUCAUCCAGAGGGAAAAGUUUUUUCAAGUCCGUAGUGAGGUGGCAACCAUGUUUAUCCGAUGUUUUACAGAGACCCUCCAUCAAAUGAAAUACUUUUACCUGCUAUAUUUUUUUCUAGGCCACGUGCCCAGAGGAUGGAUUCUUCACAGCUUGAACCUCAUGCUAAGCCCCGAUGCUCAGCCCCUAGACACUGUGUGGGGUCUCCUGGAUGUGGGCGUCGCCCUCCAGCUGUUGCUGCUGGGGUGCUUCCUGAACUACACCUGGAGUCUGUCCGUCCUCCUGUACCGGGUGUACCACACAGAGCGCCAGGAGUUUCCAGUGGACAGCGCCUUUGACAGCUACAAGAACAAGAGUCUGCUGUCGGCCAUUUCCUGUCAGAACAAGUCCUUGCUGCAGUACCUGGGUUACCUGGAUCUGCUACACCUGGCCAGAUUCUCACCUAUACGUCGCAAGCAGGUGCUCACUCUCAGUCAGCCAGGGGGCCACCCUCACACAUGGAACAAGCUGUCCACAGCCUGCUUGGGGGACAUUGACCUCCUCACAACACACGUCCAGGAGUCCAACUGGAGCGCUAUGGCAGGGGUAGCCCACAAGCCUCCCUCAGUGUCAGACACAGGUGAGGGGUCCACAUUGCGGUACCGCAGCACUGCCGGGGUUAACACAACUCUCAUAGGUCAAAGAGAGGGGGAGAGCAAGCCGACUGCAACACCACCCACUCCAUCUACGCCGUGGACAGACAAGGUGUCUGCCUUCCUGGCCCAGAAGCCUGUCAUCAGCUACUUCUUCCGCCAGCUUCCAGAUGCUAAAAGCAGGCAGCUGUUUGCUAACUCCCAGAAACAGAUCUGGGCCAUUGAUGCGCUGUCCUAUCUGGUGGCAGCAUCCUUCACGGAAGACAGCUACGGCAUCGUCCAGCGGUCACUUCCCUCCAUCCUUGCCAGCCUGCUGAACCUACAUGAGAAUGUUGAGAAGCACUUUAAGCUGAGUUCCAGUUCAAGUCGCCGGACACAGAAGGCGUCACCCUACCCCAGCGACGCCCCUCUCCGCCAUCAACUACACUCCGCCCUUAAGACAUCCAUAUACAGAAUUGUCAAUAUGUUUGGGAGCCAUCUGAUGGAUGUUCCGCUGAGUGCAGAAUGCAGAAAAAAGUUAACUCCCUUUAUUGAUUUCCGGGAAUGAUCAGGAUACCAAAUAUAGAACUGUUGCAAAUGAUGCAGCAUUUGAAGAGUUUGGAGACAAACCUGCCCCGCAGUAGGCCAGCAACAUUCAUCAGGAGAAAACCUUGUAUUCUCUGCAUCAACACAUUUCAGGAUGAGGUGGAAUAACUGAUUGCCUAGCCCCCUGUAAUACAAUCACUGCCAGUGUAUAUGUAAUAUGUUUCCUUGAUUUCCAGGGUAUAAUCUGGCUUCUGUCUGUAUAUAAACUACAUUUGAAGGAGCUCUCUGACGAUCAGAUGUGUUGAAUAAGUACUGCACUUCCACUGAGAAAAGUAUUCAAAAGGCUCAGUAUCGGGGUGAAGUAUGACUAAAGUUAAAGAUGCCCAAGUUGCAAUCUUUUACACUGGAAGUGUUUCAGUAACAGCCAGAAGCUCCUGAAGAGACUGAAUAUCUAGUGCUAUUCUUGAUGUGUGCCAUGUAUCAUGUCAUGUAAAGAUUUGUUUUCUUCAGGCCUACUUAGAUUGUAUGUGUCUUCAUGCAUCCAGCAAAGCAGUGUUAACAUAAAUUUGUAUCAUGUGUCUAAUGGCUGAGCUGACAUUGACAUUUUGUCAUCAGUGCUUGAACUGAUGUUGACAUUAUGUCAUCAAUGACUUAGCUGACAUUGACAUUUUGUCAUCAAUGACUGAACUGAUGUUGACAUUAUGUCAUCAAUGAGUUAGCUGACAUUGACAUUUUGUCAUCAAUGACUGAACUGAUGUUGACAUUAUGUCAUCAAUGACUGAACUGAUGUUGACAUUGUCAUCAAUGACUUAGCUGACAUUGACAUUUUGUCAUCAAUGACUGAACUGAUGUUGACAUUAUGUCAUCAAUGACUGAACUGAUGUUGACAUUAUGUCAUCAAUGACUGAACUGAUGUUGAUAUUAUGUCAUCAAUGACUGAACUGAUGUUGACAUUAUGUCAUCAAUGACUUAUCUGACAUUGACAUUAUGUCAUCAAUGACUGAACUGAUGUUGACAUUAUGUCAUCAAUGACUGAACUGAUGUUGACAUUAUGUCAUCAAUGACUUAGCUGACAUUGACAUUAUGUCAUCAAUGACUGAACUGAUGUUGACAUUAUGUCGUCAAUGACUGAACUGACGUUGACAUUUUGUCAUCAAUGACUGAACUGAUGUUGACAUUAUGUCAUCAAUGACUGAACUGAUGUUGACAUUUUGUCAUCAAUGACUGAACUGAAGUGGACAUUUUGUCAUCUGUGACUUAACUGACGUUGACAUUAUGCCAUCAAUGGCUGUAAUCAUAAAAUGUUAUUCUCUAUUGUGUAUAAAGUGAAAACAAUUCAUCAUUUAUCCCUCUCUGUUGCCUGGAGAAAUGAUAUGUAAUAUUGAUGGACCACCUAUGAAUAUAUUGAUUCGUGCUCCCCAAUAAACGAGUAUCACCCUA